GUACGGCUCGAGGUGUUCCGGGCAGAGGAGCUGAUGGCUUGUGCUGGGCUGACCUCGCCCAGAAUUGUCCCUCUCUAUGGAGCCGUGCGGGAAGGACCUUGGGUCAACAUCUUCAUGGAGCUGCUAGAAGGUGGCUCACUAGGCCAGCUCAUAAAGCAGAAGGGCUGUCUGCCAGAAGACCGAGCCCUAUACUACUUGGGCCAGGCUCUGGAGGGACUGGAAUACCUCCAUAUACGAAGGAUUCUGCAUGGUGAUGUCAAAGCUGACAACGUGCUCCUGUCCAGUGAUGGAAGCCGAGCUGCCCUCUGCGACUUUGGCCAUGCCUUGUGCCUACAACCUGACGGCCUAGGAAAAUCCUUGCUCACGGGGGACUGCAUUCCUGGGACAGAAACCCACAUGGCCCCUGAAGUCGUGAUGGGGAAGCCCUGUGACACCAAGGUGGACAUCUGGAGCAGCUGCUGCAUGAUGCUCCACAUGCUCAACGGCUGCCACCCCUGGACUCAGUACUUCCGAGGCCCGCUCUGUCUCAAGAUUGCCAGUGAACCUCCACCUGUGAGGGAGAUUCCACCUUCCUGCGCACCCCUCACAGUCCAAGCCAUCCAGGAGGGGCUGAGGAAAGAGCCGGGCCACCGAGCUUCUGCCAUGGAGCUUCGGGGAAAGGUGGGCCAGGCAUUACAGCAAGUGGGAGGUCUGAAAAGCCCUUGGAAAGGAGAAUAUAAAGAACCAAGACCUCCACCUCCAGACCAAGCCACCUGCCACCAGACCCCUCCGAGGGAGAACCCACCAGCCAAGGCCAGCACAGACGGGGCCUCUGAGCCUCGGCCUCCUCUACCGCCAGAACCACCAGAACAGAGCAGAGCUCCAGCUCCAAACCUGAGCAAGGAGGAGUCUGGCACAUGGGAACCCUUGCCUUUGUCCUCCCUGGAGCCAGCCCCUGCCAAGGGCCCCAGCUUCCCAGACCGGAGGGCAACCUUCCCAGAGCUGGAGCUGCAACAGCUAGAGAUAGAACUGUUUCUCAACAGUCUGUCGCAGCCGUUUUCUCUGGAGGAACAGGAACAGAUUCUCUCAUGCCUCAGCAUCGACAGCCUCUCAGUGUCAGAGGACAGUGAAAAGAACCCAUCAAAGGCCUCUCAGAGCUCACGUGACACCCUGAGUUCCGGCGUGCACUCAUGGAGCAGCCAGACAGAGGCAAGAAGUUCCAGCUGCAACAUGGUGCUGGCCCGGGGACGGCCCACAGAUACUCCAAGCUACUUCAAUGGUGUCAAGGUCCAAAUACAGUCUCUCAAUGGCGAACACCUUCACAUCCGGGAAUUCCACCGGGUCAAGGUGGGAGACAUUGCAACUGGCAUCAGCAGCCAGAUCCCAGCCACAGCCUUCAGCUUGGUGACCAAAGAUGGACAGCCUGUUCACUAUGACAUGGAGGUGCCAGACUCAGGCAUCGACCUGCAAUGCACCCUGGCCCCUGAUGGCAGCUUUGCCUGGAGCUGGAGGGUCAAGCAUGGCCAACUGGAGAACCGGCCCUAGCCCUGUCUUCCACCACCAGCUCCACUCUGCCCACAGCAGGCUUCCUUUGUAUCUCAGUGCUCUGUGCUGGCCUGAGAUGCCGGCUGAGUCUGCUCAGGGAGAUCUGCCAGUCCCUGGUUCAGCAGUAAGACCAGGGUUUGCAGCAGCAAUGGGAGCAGAGAAGGCACCUCCCAGCGUUUGCCUCCUGAGUAAAGAGACAAGGAGGAAACAGGGGUCUCAUCCCCCAGGAAGAGAGCCAGUGAUCUCCAUGAUGCUCCAAACAUGGUGGCCAGACCCAUGCAUGUCAGUCAGCACUUGCCAGCAGUUGGCGUGCAGCCUCCAGCCUGGGUCAAGAAGACCAGGUACCUAGGCAGGUAGAAGAGCUAGGUUCCUGCCCAAUUCAUACAGGGCAAGGCAGCAAGUGUGCCUGCCCAGGGGCUUGUGCAGCCUUUGACCCCUUGUCUGGCCUCCCUGGCCAUUGGCUAGUGUGAGUAGAGCGGGUGAGAAGGAUGCUAGCACCUUGGUAGAAUGCACCAUGCCUUCAGGCACCACGCCUUCAGAUCACUGCAGCCCAGGCCCAGAGUUGAGCUUGUUCAACCAAGGACCGUAGAAGGUAUUGAAGAGAAGUGAUUCUCAGGCCUCAAGUUUGUGGCUGCUGGACACCACUCCUCAGAACAUCAAGCCUCACUGGGGCCUAUCCUGUGGCUAGCUGGCACCCUAGUCCCUCAUCUGUGAAACUGAAGGAUGACAUGAGACCCACCUCACAGAAAUAGUCUGCAAUGACAGAUUCUAAAGAAAGCCACAGAUGCAGGGCUAGCUGCCCGCCAAAACACAGUCAGUAUCCAGCAUGCCAGCAUCGUGGUGGCAAGACACUGCCGGCAGCAUUUUGCACUCUGAUGACCUCAAAGCACUUUUCUGGCUGCCUUCCAGCAGAGCAUUGGCUCUGCAUGGACUCAAGCAGGCCAGGGGAUGGGAAGGGACUAUCUUGACCCAUCAUCCACACAGGUUUGACGGCUUCAAGCCUCCUCCAGAUCCUAGAUGAGCGUAUAUCCACAUUGCCCUAACCAGGCUUUUCCUGGUGGGGCUUGGAGUAGCUGCUUGGGACUAAUGUAGCAUUAAGUUAACUGUGAAUCGUUGUGGGGAGGGGUGCGGAGACCCCUCCCCUUCUGGAGAAGCUCAUCACCCCACGCCCGAUCCCCCAAUCCGUCAGGACGCCUUCUGUCCAGCUAUUUGCAAUGAGCUAGGCUGCUCCAGGCCCCAGCACAUGAACUGCAGCCCCGGUGUUGCGUUUGGGGUGUGCCUGAGCUCUGUAAGCAAUAAAAUUUGGGGCAAUGA